AGAAGCAAAUGAAGGCGUUGUACCUAUUUUAGUUCUAACCAUGCACUGGGGAUUGUACAAUACCAAAACAAAGAGAGGAGAAAUAGCAAAGAGGCAUGCAAUCGAUCUAGACUGUUUGGUGAAGACAAGAUGGAUAUUUUCCGCGUCGUUGAGUCUAUCCUUACGAAGAUGUGCAGUGUGAUUGACCAAGAUUGGGAGCUGGGAGGCAAAUUGAAGAAUGAUCUGAUAUGCAUCAAGGAAGAAAUGGGCAUGAUGAAUGCCAGCAUCGAGCAAUGGGAGGGGAACAUCCAAGGGCCGGUGCAGCAGCAAUGGGUGCAUCAGCUUCAAGACUUGGCGUAUGAUAUCGAAGACUUCAUUGAUGGCCACCGGAUUGGACCUCAAGAGCCGAAUCACUUCAUGCCUCGUGCUGCGCGCAUGAUUUUUGGGACGGAUCGACGUCCUCAGCAAGUCCUGGACGUGAAGAUCUUGAAGGAACGUGUGGCCAUCUUACAGAAGUGGCAACAAACGUUUGGAUCUACUCAAGCCGUCGGCGGUGCAGGCAACGGUAGCCCACCAUCCGGUGGCUUCGGAGGCUGUGAGGCUGAUGAGCAGCUUGUGGGCAUCGACAACGCCAAAAGGGAGCUCCUAUCGCUGCUAUCGGCAGCCGAAUCCCAGCCAGAUCAGCAAAACAAGCUGAAGGUUAUAUCCAUCCUGGGAAGUAACGGGAUCGGAAAGACUACCCUCGCCCGAAGAGUGUACGACGAGGGCGAUAUCGUCGAGCAAUUCCAUCGCCGUGCUUGGGUUGCGUCCUGGGCGUGUGAAGACUCGGCUAGCCUCCUGAAGGAGAUAGUCAGGCAACUUACAAGCGAGGAAGACGGUGCGCAGGGAUCAACUAGUUCUACCGAGCAGGCCGGUGGUGCCGGUGCCCCCAAUGUUCGAAAUCUCCGACAAGAUGUCGCGGCACACCUGCAAUCUCACAGGUACUUAAUUGUAAUUGAUGACCUGAAGAAAGUUAAAGUAUGGUCAGAUAUAGCAUCUGCAUUUCCAGAAAAUAACAAAGGCAGUAGAGUAAUUGUUACUACAAGUAUUCUGUCCAUCGCUACUACAUGUGCUUAUGGCAGUUGGGUGUACAAAAUGCAAUGUCUUCAAAAGGAUGAUUCUGAAAAUUUGUUCUGGAAUGAGGUUUUCAAGGGUGCAAAUAGAAUACGUACACCUGACUUGGAUAGAGGUUCAGUAACCAUUAUCGACAAAUGUGAUGGGCUGCCGCUUGCACUGGUUAGCGCAGCCAAAUAUUUGAAUUGCAAGCGACAUGCUCUUAGCGGGAGUGAGUGCAAAAAGGUUGGUCUCAAUCUAGGUAAUCACCUAGCAAGUGAAGGUUCUUUUUUUAAGGAAAUUAAGAGAGUUCUUGCGGAAUGCUACGACAGUCUACCUGACCAUGGGCACAGGAUGUGCUUGCUAUCCAUAAGCAUGUUUCCGAGGGGCCACCGGAUAAGGAGGAAAAGUCUGCUUCGCCGAUGGUUAGCGGAAGGAUUAGUGGUCAGCCAGAUCCAGUUGAAUGAGGAGGAUGCAGAGGAUCGUUUCAAGGAAUUUAUUGACCGGAACAUAAUUGAAGCAGUUGACAUUGGCAACGAAUUGGAAGCUAAGCACUGGCGAGUUCAUGGUGUUAUGCUGGAGUUCAUUUCCCAUAAGUCCAUCUCCGAUAACUUCAUUACAUUCAUUGGAAACGACCGGUCCACAAUGAGCAGUAAUGGCCGUGUGUUACGUCGACUUUCCAUUUACAAUAGAACUGCUAAAGACACAACAACUGCAGAGAAAAUGGAAGUUUCUCGUGAGGUCUCUGACAAUACGCAAUAGCAGCGUUCCGAACUUGAAAGAAUACAAGUCACUGAGAGUACUGGAUCUUGAAGAAUGCAAUGGCAUCGAUCAAAGGGUUGUCAAGAACCACAUAUGUGAGUUGCUCUUUCUGAAGUACCUGAGCCUCAGGGGCACUGGUGUUCGCCUUAUUCCGAGCAAAAUAAAAAGGCUACGGUAUUUGGAGACGCUAGACCUGCGGGAGACAGAAGUGGAAAUGUUGCCCCUGGAGGUCCUUAAGCUGCCACGUUUGGCCCACCUGUUUGGUAGUAAGCUCGAGAUGCCUCAGGAGCUCUCUAACGAUGCAGACCUCGACCUGCAGAGGUUUUUCCAACACGAAUCUGAACUGCAGGUUCUGGCAGGGUUUGUCAUGGAGGAUAACAAGGCGUUUGUACAUGUGAUUCGUCACAUGAGCAAGCUUAAAAAGGUCAAGAUAUGGCGCAAAGCCAACGCUGCUCCUGCCAAGGACCUAACUGAACAUUUAGUCGUCUGCAUUCAGAGGCGUUUACAGGGCAGCAGACCCCUUGAAUCCUUGUCAAUUGACUUCGGCGAUCUCUCCAUAGACUUCCUUGGUGAUCUGGCGCCGCCCUGUGCCCUCGAGUCCCUCAAGUUGCGAGGGGCUAUGAGCAGCUUGCCUGCCUUCUUCACAUCACCGGAGAAUCAACUAAGGGAGCUGCACCUUUGGUCAACUGGAUUGAGCGGGGAAGCCCUCUCUGCCCUACAAAACCUGCCUUACCUUGUCUAUCUGACGCUAAAAGAGGACCGUCGUGGAUUUUGGAGCGACACCUUUGCUGUGCAGAGCGGCGGAUUCCCAAGUCUUCGGCGGCUGCGCUUUCAGGCCGCCAUGCUUCCAAAAGUAGUAUUCGAACAAGGAUCCAUGCCCGAUCUCGCCGAUCUUCACCUGCUUUGUCCAGAAAUUUGCAGCUCCAUUUUUUUCUAUCGUUCUUUCGAUAUGCCAAGGAAUCUAAGGCUUGGUGUUUGGCACAUCGAAAACCUCGUCAGUCUUAACGACGUGGUACUCCAUCAUUCUGCUAGUGAGCAACAAUUGACGGCUUGGAAAGAUGCAGCAAGCGCACACAAGAACAGGCCCAAUGUGAGGAGGCAACCGCAAUAAGGGCAUUCCUAGAUAUUUGCUACUUUCUCUGUUUCACUUUAAUACGUUUUGGGUUUUGAAUACGUUUAUUCAUGGAUCCAUAUAUAUAUAUGUGUUUCAUAUAUGUAUUCAAAUUAAUAUGGAUGUUAGGGAAUAUAGACGAGGGAUGGAAAUGUCAAAA